AUGUUCGGGCUGAAGCUGAAGAAGAAGAAGAACAAAGGAGAGAAGGGGUUAAUUCUAGCCAACAAGGCUGCACAAGAUGGUCAAGGUGAAGCAGAAGCACCUCAGGAAGGAACUUCUCAUCAGCAUGGAUCAAGAGGAGAUUUGAGUUAUGAUGAUGCUCCUGUCCCUCCUGUCACCUUAGGUCCUCCAAAGAGAAGAUCAAAACUGCUGACUCGGAUCCAUGAUGGGGAGGUCAAAUCCCAAAAUUAUCAAAUUGCCAUAACCAUCACCGAGGCCCGCCAGCUGGUGGGUGAGAACAUUGACCCGGUUGUGACCAUUGAGAUCGGGGAUGAGAAGAAGCAAACCACAGUGAAGGAAGGAACCAACAGCCCAUUUUACAACGAGUACUUUGUCUUUGACUUCAUUGGGCCCCAAGUACAUCUUUUUGACAAGAUCAUCAAAAUCUCAGUCUUCCACCACAAGCUGAUAGGAAGUGUACUGAUUGGCUCUUUCAAAGUGGACCUGGGGACUGUAUACAGCCAACCUGGUCAUCAGUUCUGCGACAAGUGGGCCCUGCUCACAGACCCUGGUGACAUCAGGACUGGCACCAAGGGGUACCUGAAGUGUGACAUCAGUGUGGCCGGGAAAGGCGACGUCUUAAAGACCAACCCCAAAACCUCCGACGCCGAGGAGCAAAUAGAAAAGAACCUUUUGAUCCCCCAAGGGUUUCCAUCAGAGAGACCCUGGGCCAGAUUCUAUGUGAGACUCUACAGAGCAGAAGGGUUGCCCAAAAUGAACUCCAGCAUCAUGGCAAACGUCACCAAAGCGUUUGUGGGUGAAGGUAAAGACCUCGUGGAUCCCUUCGUGGAGGUCUCCUUUGCUGGGCAGACGGGGAGAACCACGGUGCAAAAGAACUGUGCUGAUCCCGUGUGGCAUGAGCAGGUGGUCUUCAAGGAAAUGUUCCCUCCUUUGUGUCGGAGGGUGAAAAUCCAGGUGUGGGACGAAGGCAGUGUGAACGACGUAGCACUGGGCACCCAUUUCAUCGACCUGAAGAAAAUCUCCAAUGAGCAGGAUGGAGAUAAAGGCUUUCUACCAACCUUUGGGCCUGCCUGGAUUAACCUGUAUGGCUCCCCCAGGAACCACAGUGUGAUGGACGAUUACCAGGAACUGAAUGAAGGCUUUGGGGAAGGUGUGUCAUUCAGGGGCAGAAUCCUGGUAGAAAUUGCUGUGGAAAUCCUCUCGGGUGGGGCACAGGAGUCUAAACUUUCCAAGGCCCUGAAGGAGCUCAAGUUAUCUUCCAAGGACAAAGACUCCAAAUCUUCCAAAGGCUCUAGUAAAGACAAGACUGACAAAAGUGAUGAUGGAAAACCCCAGCAGGCAUCAGAUAAGACCAACUCCACUGAGGUUGAGGUGGAAUCUUUCGAUGUACCCCCGGAGAUUAUACCAGAAAAAUAUGAGGAAUUUUUACUCUUUGGAGCAUUUUUUGAAGCCACCAUGAUUGACCGGAAGAUAGGAGAUAAACCCAUCAGCUUUGAAGUGUCUAUUGGUAAUUUUGGGAACCUGAUUGAUGGAGGGUCCCAUCAUGGGAGUAGGAAGAAGUCAGCCGAGUCAGCAGAAGAAGACAUCCUCCCGCUGCUGCACGAAGGAGUGGAGGGUGCAGCCCAGGAGGUUGGCAUCCCUGUGGCCUCCACCACCAAACCUGUGAAGCCACUGGUGACAGAAGGGAACAGGAAUUACAACUAUUUGCCAUUUGAAGCCAAGAAGCCCUGUGUCUACUUCAUCAGUUCUUGGGGAGACCAGACCUUCAGGCUGCACUGGUCCAAUAUGCUGGAGAAAAUGGCAGACCUCCUGGAAGAAAGUAUAGAAGAAGUGAGAGAAUUGGUCAAGAUUUCAGAGGAGGCACCAGAAGAGAAAAUGAAGACAGUGCUCAGUGACUUUAUCAGUCAAAGCAGUGCCUUUAUCUCUGAAGCAGAAAAAAAGCCCAAGAUGGUGAACCAAACCACGUUAGAUAAGAAACGACUUACACUGUGUUGGCAGGAGCUGGAGACGAUGGCCAAGGAGGCCAAGGGAAUUAUUCAGCAGCAGAAGAAAAAGUUCUCUCUUGAUGAAAUGAUCCGUGAAGCCCAAAACUUUGUGGAAAAAAUCCGCUUUCUUGUUGAUGAGCCACAGCACACCAUUCCUGAUGUCUUCAUCUGGAUGCUCAGCAACAGCAAGAGGGUGGCCUACGCCCGCCUCGCCGCCAAAGACCUGCUCUACUCCCCCGUCAGGGAGCAGAUGGGCAAGCACUGCGGCAAGAUCAAGACUCACUUCCUCAAACUUCCUGGAAAACGGCCGGCUGGUUGGUCUGUGCAAGCAAAAGUUGACGUGUACCUGUGGCUGGGCUCCAUCAGAUACUCCAGUGCUAUUUUGGACAACUUGCCAACAGGCUAUGAAGCAGAAAUGUCCUCCAAAGUGGCUGGCACUAGUCACCCCCCAGCCAACCUGCUCUACCCAGCCCAGCACAUCUUUCAGCUGAGAGCUCACAUGUACCAAGGCCGGGGCCUCAUCGCGGCUGACAGCAAUGGACUUUCAGAUCCCUUUGCCAAAGUCACAUUCCUUUCCCACUGCCAGACCACAAAGAUCAUUUCCCAGACCCUGUCCCCAACCUGGAACCAGAUGCUGCUGUUCAAUGACUUGGUGCUGCAUGGAGAUGAGAAGGAGCUGCUGGAGUCCCCACCCUCAGUGGUGGUAGAGCUCUAUGACAGUGAUGCGGUGGGGAAGCCAGAAUAUUUGGGUGCCACGGUGGCUGCUCCUGUUGUGAAACUAGCUGACCAGGACUACGAACCACCCAGGCUGUGCUAUCACCCCAUCUUUUGUGGGAACCUCUCUGGAGGGGACCUGCUGGCUGUAUUUGAACUGCUGCAGGUUCCUCCAUCUGGGCUGCAAGGGCUCCCUCCCAUUGACCCACCAGAUGUCACCCAGAUUUACCCGGUUCCUGCCAACAUUCGGCCAGUGCUGAGUAAAUACCGAGUGGAGGUUCUCUUCUGGGGAGUACGAGAGAUGAAGAAGGUACAGCUCCUGUCGGUGGAUCGACCGCAGGUUCUCAUUGAGUGUGGUGGACGAGGAGUGAGGUCCUGUGUGAUCCAGAGCUACAAGAACAACCCAAACUUCAGCAUCCAGGCAGAUGCUUUUGAAGUGGAGCUACCUGAGAAUGAGCUUCUGCACCCACCCCUGAGCAUCUGCGUGGUGGACUGGAGAGCUUUCGGGAGGAGCACCCUCGUGGGCACCUAUACCAUCAACUGCUUGAAGCAGUUUUUGUGUAAAUCCAGAGAGCCCCUUGCCCUCCUCUCACAGGUGGAUGGAACCCAAGCUGGGCAAGCUAUGUCAGAUUCACUAGUAGCCACUGAGUCCUCCGGACCGCUCAGCUCCUCCCAGGAUCCCCCGACAGAUCAUGUCUACGUGGAUGUAGAGUCACCUUCCACGGUGGUACCUGACUCAGCCCAGGUUCAGACAGCCGUCCUGGUUGACAUCCCUGACUCAUCCCCUAUGCUGGAGCCUGAACACAAACCUGCAGCCCAGGAACCACCAAAAGGUGGAAAAGUCAAGGAUACCAGGAAAUCUUCCCGGAGGUCCACUAAAAGGAGAAAGAGGACCAUAGUGGAUGAAUCUGCUGAAAACGUCAUUGACUGGUGGUCUAAGUAUUACGCCUCCCUGCAGAAAGCACAGAAGGCAAAGGAGAGCAAUCCCAAGGAGAAAAAAGGCAAUACAGAGGCAAAACCAGACGAGGUAGUGGUAGAUGUGGAAGAUGGCCCCAAGAAGAAGAAAGACAAAGUGCCCAAGAAGAAACUCAAAGAUGAUGGCAUCCCCAACCUGGCCACCUUGCAAAUAUACAAUGGUGAUCUCGAGAGUGAAUUCAACAAUUUUGAAGACUGGGUGAAAACCUUUGAGCUCUUCAGAGGCAAGUCUGUGGAAGAUGACCAUGGUCUUGAUGGAGACCGAGUCAUAGGAAAGUUUAAGGGCUUGUUCUGCAUCUACAAAAGCCCCGAAGAUUCUAGCUCUGAGGACAGCAGGCAGCUGAGAAUCCAGCAGGGGAUUCCACCCAACCACCCCAUCCAAGUGCUGAUCAGGGUGUACAUUGUCGCGGCAUUUAAUCUCAGCCCAGCUGAUCCAGAUGGGAAAUCAGAUCCCUACAUUGUGAUCAAGCUUGGCAAGACAGAAAUCAAAGACCGGGACAAAUAUAUCCCCAAACAACUGAACCCAGUAUUUGGAAGGUCAUUUGAGAUCCAAGCCACAUUCCCGAAGGAGUCUCUGCUCUCUGUCCUGAUCUAUGAUCACGACAUGAUUGGGACAGACGACCUUAUUGGUGAGACCAAGAUCGACCUGGAGAACCGCUUCUACAGCAAACAUCGAGCCAUCUGUGGCUUGCAGAGCCAGUAUGAAAUAGAAGGCUACAAUGCCUGGAGAGACACAUCCAAACCCACUGAGAUCCUCACCAAGCUCUGCAAAGACAACAAGCUCGAUGGACCCUACUUUCACCCUGGGAAAAUACAGAUAGGAAACCAGGUCUUCACUGGGAAAACUGUCUUCACUGAAGAGGACUCUGAAGAGACGGUGGAGUCUUAUGAGCACUUGGCCCUCAAGGUUUUACGCUCUUGGGAGGAUAUGCCAGAAGUCGGAUGUAGGCUGGUUCCUGAGCACAUAGAGACUCGGCCACUGUACCACAAGGACAAGCCAGGAAUGGAACAGGGCCGCCUGCAGAUGUGGGUGGACAUGUUUCCCAAGGACAUGCCUCAGCCUGGACCUCCCGUUGACAUUUCACCAAGGCAACCCAAAGGGUAUCAAUUGAGGGUGAUUAUCUGGAACACUGAAGAUGUCAUUUUAGAAGAUGAAAAUAUCUUCACAGGCCAAAAAUCCAGUGAUAUUUAUGUUAAAGGGUGGAUAAAGGGUUUGGAGGACGACAAGCAGGAGACAGACGUGCACUACAACUCUCUGACCGGAGAAGGGAACUUCAACUGGCGCUUCCUGUUCCCAUUUCAGUAUCUCCCGGCUGAGAAGCAAAUGGUCAUCGCCAAGAGGGAGAACAUCUUUUCCUUAGAGAAGACGGAGUGUAAAACUCCGGCUGUACUGGUGCUCCAGGUUUGGGAUUUUGAAAGGCUGUCCUCGGAUGACUUCCUGGGCUCCCUGGAAAUGAACCUCAACAGUUUCCCUCGAGCAGCCAAGUCUGCCAAAGCCUGUGAUCUCACCAAGUUUGAGAAUGCAAGUGAGGAGAACAAGAUCUCCAUAUUCCAGCAGAAGCGUGUGCGUGGCUGGUGGCCUUUCACCAAAAGCAAAGAACUCACAGGCAAGGUUGAAGCUGAGUUCCACCUAGUUACAGCAGAAGAAGCUGAGAAAAAUCCUGUCGGAAAAGCCCGAAAGGAGCCAGAGCCCCUGGCCAAGCCCAACCGCCCAGACACCUCCUUCUCCUGGUUCAUGAGCCCCUUCAAGUGCCUGUACCACCUCAUCUGGAGGAAUUACAAGAAGUACAUCAUCAUCGGUUUGAUUCUGAUCAUUCUCAUCAUCUUCCUGGUGCUCUUCAUCUAUACCUUGCCAGGAGCCAUCAGCCAUAGAAUUGUGGGCUCAUAG